AUGUCGUCUUUGUUUAGCGAAGAGACUAAGAGAAGGCUAGAAGUGAAUUUGGUAUGUGUCUCUAAUGAUAAUAGAAUAACAAGUCAUUGCGAAUAAGUAGUUUUUUGCUUUCAACAGACUUAAUUUGGACACAUGUGGGUCAGGAAUGUUCCGUUUUGUCAAAAGGGGUGGAUUAACAUAUAGUGGGUAAAUCUUGUUCUGUUUUCAAAUUGUUAAAUUAAAUUGCACCAUUUGAAGAUCUCUUUUUGUUGAAAAAAACUUGUCUUAUGCAAGGUUUGCAUACUAUUCCACUGAUUCCUCAUUUUUCAGGAAACGAAAUUCCACUUUGCAUAUGCAAUGAAGUUAAGGUCCCGUUUUAAAGACCUUAAUUUGCAUUGACUGUGAUAAUUGAAUUGGAACCGUUCGUUUCUUAGUUUAAAGCGAAAGUUCUCUUGUAGCUUAUCACUACGUGACUUAUCUAAGGCCAGUAUUUAAUUUUUUUUCAGUUGAGUCAACUCGCAAUGCCGGUCAAUUUUGAGGCAGAACCACAUCAAGAGGGGCGCUCAAGAAUGUUCAGCGACAACGAGGUGUUCUCUUUCCUUUAUGGCAAAACGAGACCACAGGCAGUCAAUAAGGAUGUUGUAAGCGCGCAGUCAGUGACACAGGCAUCCAAUACAGGUAAACUAUGCUCUAACAUCACUUUGCCGUGCAAACCCUCACUCACUCACGCGCAACUGCGCAAAGAUCGAUUAGAGCACGCGUGACACUCGCGACAAAUUCAUGCAAUACUGGUAAAUGUUGAAAUACGAACAUGCUUAUGUUGAUAUUUACCCCUUCCACUUGAAACAUGUGAUACAGUUCGAACUUUUGAAUUUGUAGACGAAAUCCUAUACCAUUCAAUGCAACUGAUAUUCCCCUAGCAAUACUUUGAAACGGCGAUAAUAGUUUCUCGACAUUUCACAACGGAACAUUUGGUACUUUCCUUGUGUUUUGACAUUCGUUUCUUUUAGCAGAGAGUUAACAUUGACCCACAAUUUCUUUUAUUAAUGGUGGUAUUCUUAUAUAGACGUCAGCUGAACCGAGUUUAAGCAGUUAAUCGUGAUAAUGUGAAGGUCAAGUUUUCCUUUAUUCAGCUCAGAAAAAUAAGUCAAGUGAGAAUUCGAGAGCAAAAAAUCCCGUUAAAGUCAAAUCGCCGAAGACAUGGAGACUGGCUUUUCACUAGUUCAUGCAACUUUGAAUCAUCAGCAAAGACAUUAAAUUACUACGUUAUCUUGAUGUUACAUUUAAUUAGUCCGAGUUAAGCUCUAAAGGUUAAUUGCGAAGACAGAUCAACAACACAGAAAACAAGAGGAAAUACAACUAUAUUUCGUGAACCAUGAAGGAUGUUGGGGUCGACACAGAAAUUUCGACGCGUUGAUUGGACUAUUAAUCUGUCUUUAAUCGCCAAGUUUCUCGUGCUUGGUUCGAUCGGUGAUCACUGGUCAUGAACGGUGAAAACUGAACAUAAAAUAAGCAAAAAUGACAAAUAAACCUAAAGAAAACCUAAAUAAACCUAAAGCGACACUAAAGAGCGAAAACUACUUACAUUCUGUGCGAUGCAAUCGAUGAGAAAUUCAAAACAUUUGCUCUAUAACACUACACUUGAAAACACGUGGUGAUCUGUUCUUGCUGUGGUCAUGUGACCAUCCGAAACUAACAUGAUGUAAGUAGUCACGUAGUGUCCAAAAGGGAAGUGAACGCAAAAAUAAAUCAAAAUAAAAUUUGGACUAAACAUUCCGCCGGCCUUGGGACAACCCAGUAGGUAGGCCCAACGUCACUAGCCUAGACUAAUUAUUCUCAAGAUCGUUCUCCAGUAAGCAUAGCUUCUGAAUAGGUCGGAUGAACACAGAGUCCUUUGUCUUGACUUUCGCUGUGCGCACCAGGCCGUCGGGGCCAGGGAAGACCUCUAGGACUCGUCCAAGUUUCCAGCAUCCUCUCGGCACGUUGUCAUCAACUAACAGGACAAGGGCCUUCGGCUUCAGGUUAGGUAAGACCUUUCUCCACUUUCCUCGGGCUUGCAGGGUAGGUAAAUACUCACGCAACCACCUCUUCCAAAAUAGGUCUGCCAGAAAUUGUACCUGCCUCCAUUUCCUUCUGUGAUACUGAUCUGCUUUCUCAAAUAUGCCAGGGGGUAGGCAGAUAGUCUUCCUCUGCAUUAAGAAAUGCGCUGGCGUGAGUGGCUGAAGGUCAUUUGGGUCGUCUGAAUUGGCGGUGAGCGCUCGCCCAUUUAACACUCGUUCAACUUCAGUCAACAGCGUCUGAAGAACUGCUUCCGUAACUACUUGGGUCCCUAGGAUAGACUUCAGAACAGUCUUAGCGCUUCGCACCAUCCGCUCCCAAAUCCCAGACAUGCUAGAAGCAGUUGGCGGCUGGAAGACCCAUUUGCACCCUCGUUGUAGAAGCUCUUGCACAAUUUGUUGCUGGUUCCACUGCUCGAUCGACUCUCUCAGCUCUCGUUCACCGCCGACAAAAUUUGAUCCUCUGUCACACCUUAGUUCAGUCACUUCACCACGACGGUUCAUAAAUCGUCGCAGACACAUUAUGAAGUCGUUUGUGUCCAUCGAGUGAACCAAUUCAAGAUGUACACUACGUGUCGUUAGGCAGGUAAAUAAGCAGCACCACCGUUUGGCUGUUCCUCUUCCAUGCUUGACGUAUAAAGGACCGAAUAGAUCCAUUCCUGUGUAGGAGAAUGGGGGUUCGUACGCCAUCAUCCGGCUUCUUGGCAGGGGAGCCAUUUGCUGAGUCAUCGGCUUGGCAUUCAACUUCUUACAAACAAGACACCGACCCAGGACAGAACGAGUUAACACCCUUAUUUGUGGGAUCCAGAACGUCUCUCGAACCCUUGCUAUGAGGUGUUCACGCCCCAGGUGACCAAUUGAUGCAUGGGUGUGGCGGACCAUCAGGACUGUCGCUGGAUGAUCUCUGGGCAGUAUUAUUUGAUUCCUGGCAGUGUCAGCAGCUGGUGGUGAUGCUAUACGUCCCUUGACUCUCAAAACACCAUGGUCGUCUUGCAUUGGGUUCAAACUAGCGAUCUUACUGGAUCCCCUGACUUCGCCCCUGGUCUUUAGAUCCUUGAUCUCUUGAUCGUAGGCUGCGUGCUGGACGAUCUUUGCGAUGGAUAAGGUAGCAGCAUCGUAAUCUUCUAAAGUCAGAUGACCUGUGUGGACAGUCUUCCGGUCACGGAUGAAAUGAGUGAAGCGUGUGAGCCAAGCCACUUGACGUCUGAGACGGUUCCAAUCAGAGGAGGUGCUUAUUAUUUGUUGCAUGGUGGUCUCAACAGGUGUGGGGGGGCAAUUAGACUGUACGCUUGCCUGGCGGGUCUUGACAUUGGUGUUUAUGUCAGUACAGUUAGCAUGGGUUUCUUUCUUAAGCUCUAGGCCUUCAUCGGGGACUUGUCGAAGGCUCGCGUUGGGCCAAAAGGAUUCAGGUUGCCAUAAGAACUCUGGUCCUCGUAGCCAGCGGUGAUCAAGGUUUAGCUCAGAGGGGUUCAAGCCACGUGACGCAUCGUCGGCUGGGUUCAAGACACCUGGCACGUGGUUCCAGUCGUCUGGCUGUGAGUUUCCUCUGAUUUCUUCGACUCGAUUAGCGACAUAGGUCUGGAAACGACGCCUUUCAUUCUUCAAGUAGUGGAGAACUAUUUCGCUGUCUGUCCAGAACUUGGUGCUCUGAAUAGGAAGGUCCAACUCUUCUCUCAGCAUCUUAUUCAAGCGUGUAGACAGAACAGCAGCUUGGAGUUCUAGCCUUGGAAUGCUUGUGAACUUGACAGGUGCAUUUCUUGCUUUCCCCACAACAAACGAGCAGUGAAUAGACCCAUCUGGAUUCUCGACUCUUAGAUACGCAGAUGCACCGUAGCCAAUUUCAGAGGCAUCAGAGAAGACAUGCAGCUGUAGUUUGCAUUUGGAAGCAUCUGUUCCAGCUGGCAAGUAGCAACGUGGGAUGCGCAGUGCAGAGAGGGAUGACAGCUGUGAGGUCCAAGACUUCCAUCUGGCUAAGAAGUUUUCUUCGAGUGGCUGGUCCCAGUCUACCUUAGCCUUCCACAUAUCCUGGAUAAUUACUCUGGCAGUAAGGGCCACAGGCGCAGCAAACCCAAGAGGGUCAUACAGGGAACAUACGGCGGACAGUACUCCACGCUUUGUUUCGGGUCGAUUCAAGUUCUUGAUGUCAAAUCCAAGCUCAUCUGUUUCAGCAAACCAGCGAAUCCCUAGCGCCCUUUCCACUGGCAGUUCGUCUAAGUCAAGAUUCAGAUCUGGUGAGGCUCUUUUCUCGGUGGGAAUGGUUGCCAAAACAUUCUUACUGUUCGUCAUGAAUUUUGUAAGGUUGAAGCCACCGUGAUUCAGGAUUUUCACUAGGUCCGAUGCUACAGUAGAUGCUGCAUUCUCCUCACUGAAGGAUGGCAGAGCAUCGUCAACAUAAAAGUUCCUGUCAACAGUUGCAACAACUUGCGGGUUGAACCUUUCAGCAUUGUCACUGGCUGUUCUUCUCAGGGCCGAAUUUGCAACGCAAGGGGACGAGGUUGCUCCAAAUAUGUGUACUUCCAUAACAUAGACAUCCGGGGUUUGUCGUAAUCAUCUGUCCACCAGAGGAAUCGUAGAGCUUCUUGAUCUUGUUUACGCACACGCACUUGAUGAAACAUUGCCUCGACAUCAGCGGCUACCCCUACAUGCCCCUGUCGAAAUCGCAGCAGCACACCAACGAGACUGUUUGUCAUGUCUGGCCCUUGAACGAGAUUCUUGUUUAGAGAUGUUCCUUCAUACUCAGAUGCGGCAUCGAAGACGAUACGGAGCUUGUCAGGUUUGUUGGGAUUGGUCACUGGAUGAUGAGGCAAGUACCAAGUUAUCGAGCUUUCUCUAGCUGCUUCUUCAGGGGACAAUUUGCGUGCAUAGCCCUUCGAGAUGUACUCAGUCAUGACUCCACGGUACUUAGCAGCCAUUUGCUCAUUUCCUGCUUUGGUCAGGCGUCGUCUAAGCAAUUCUGCUCGUCUUUCAGCUAAAAUGCGAUUGUUUGGCAGCUUUGGCUGAUCUUCCUUCCAUAGUAGGCCAACUUCAUAAUGCCCGUCUACAAAGGUAGUAGUUUCUUCAAUGAUUUUUAGGGCUCGUUUGUCUUCCACAGAUAAGGGCUUCUCUCCUGCUUUCAAUGUUCCAUAGUCUUCGAUCUUCCAAAACCUUUCAACAAAGUCGUCAGGUUUGUGUCCAACAGAGAUGAAAUUGAGCUCAGCUCUUCUUGUCCCAGCGAUAGUCAAUGGACCUGAAAUGCUCCAACCGAGAGGGUACCGAUAACCGUAGAGGCCGCUCUUGUUGUCUUUCGGGAUUCUGACUUCCUUCUGCAAGUGUGCAACAGGGACGUUACUCCCCCACAAUGAUCGAGACUCGUUUAAAGUCCACCACUGGGAAUGUAAGGUCUUGAAGGUGCGGAUACUUAUGGACAUCUACUGUCCCCGGCAAAACUCGUUCUGAUUGAUUCAGGUCAGGGAGAACGUAAGCUUCAUUAACAUCAAUGUCUUCACCAUAUGCUUCUACAGGACUGAGAGUAAAGGAAACGCGUCGACUCUCCACCAGCUCCUCACUGUUCGUAAUAGUCUUAAUCCCGAUUUGCUCCGAGAUCCCUUUCAGGUCAAGAUGAUCAGCAAGCUCUUUGUCAAUGAGGGUAUCGGUACACCCAUUGUCAAGAAAUGCAUAUGUAGAAAGGGAACCACCGUUCUCUGCAGUAAUGGUUACAGGAACUACAUUUAACAAAACUUGGGCUCUUGUGGUGCUGACACCGGCAGAUGUAAUCGAAGUCUGUGGCCUGUCGCUGGGCGGCUGUCUUGUGCCUUGCUCCAUUUGUGGUUGCCGGGUUAUUGGGUCAGCAGUCGGAGUACUGUAUCGGUUAGUGGGGUUAUGAGUGUUCUUGUUUCCAGGAGUUCUGCGUCCAUUGUUGUUGUCCCUAUGCAGUAUUGGUAAGUGGUGUCCAGGACACAGAGAACAAGCUGGUGGCUCAGGACAGGAAGUACCACUGUGAUCGGGAUUAUGGCAACCACAGUUAAAGCAGAACCCAUACGAUGCUGCGUAUUGUCGACGCACGGCUACACGGUCACACUGUUUGACGAUUGGGCACUCCUGGAGUCGGUGGGGAGUAGACUUGCAAAUUGCACAGUUUGCAGAGUUCUCUUUCUUGGGGGCGUUCUUAAGCGAUGUGGCGUUGAUCGUAGCGUUUUUCGUGGGCAGGUCCGAUCCUUUAGAAGCUUUGGGGGGACUUGUUUGUCCUGUUUUCUCCCCUUUGCGGCUGCAUUCCAAACACUGGGUCAUUCCUUAUUGACGCUUGCCUUUUCACGAAUUUUGCAAUGUCCUUUAGUCGUGCAGUUCCACCACGGCUAACAAUCUCGUAGUUUUCGGUCUGCCACUUGGUGAUUAAAUCAUUUGGGAGUCUGUUUACGAUUCUUCUUAAAUUGGUAGCUACGCUUGCUUCGCGUUCCACAUCUCCCUUCAGAACCUUGGUUGAAGUGUUCAGCUUCUCGGCAAAAUUAAGCAGACCCAUGUUGUCACCAUAGGCAAGUUUGGGGCCUGAGACUAACUCUUCGAUGCAGGCUUGCGUCACCUGAAUAGGGCGACCAAAGCGUUCCUCUAAGAUCUUCAUUAGCUCACUAUAGGAGGAGCCUCGGUUUCUUUUGAUGACCUCCAAGGCUUCUCCUUUCAGGAACUUCGGUAAGUACUCUACCCGCUGCGCAUCAGUUAGUAGCUCACUUUCAAGGUGAGUAUGUGCUUGUUCUUUGAAGAACGGGAAGUCUGCUGGGUUGCCAUUAAAGGGUGUAGGAGAGAUUCCGUUCAGAAGCUGUACCUUCCACAUGGCUGCUACAUGGUCUUUAGGGGCUUGCUCUAUUACUUUGUCUUCUGGCUGAGACUUAGGUCUAUACUGGAAGGUUCGUGGGGCUUGGUAUGGUGGCUGCUGGCAUUCAGUGACUGGCAGUGCUCCCUUGUUUGCAGUAUCGGCAAUAUUGGAUUUGACCUCAGUGGCUGGCUUUUCCUUGCACGAACCAGGUGCUGUGUCUUGGGGGUGGAGCAACUGACAGGUAUAAGAGGCAGUGAAGGUUUGGGUGUCGGUGCUGGGAUUUUUUGGUGUUCGGGGUUCUGAAUCAUCAAGUUGAAUUUGAGGUGACUGUCCCAGUGGUUUCUCCUCAAUGGGAUAGGUUGUCUGAACAAUAUUGUCCACACCAUUAACAACACCAGUUUCCUCGUCGAACUCAUUUUCAAUCUUCCAAUCCAGUUCAGCUAGAACGGCUUCGUCCUCGAGUAGUCUCAAUUCCUUCUUUGCGCUCCGCUCAUGCUCUGCUUUGACCAAUUCGGCUUCUUGUUGAGCCUUACUCUUCGCCAACUCAGCUUCCUCUUGUGCCCUACUCUUCGCUAACUCCAAUUUCUUUUUGCUAAAAGCAUGGCUCUAAACCUUUCUUUCCGGGACGACGAAGAGGAUCUUGAAGUAGUGGAGCUCUGAGACUGGUGCGACUUGUGACUUUUAAUGGAGCUUUCAUCAUCACGUUCUUGUGUUUCUUGAUCAGUCCGUAUUUGCGUUUCGCAUUCUUCUAUUGUAAACAUCAUCUGUUCUUUGAGGGACUUGAACCUUUGCUGUACUUCUUGUAGUCGUUUGCUGUCACGUAUGCCUGGCAGGUACUUCGAGUGUACAGUCUCAAAGGAUUUCCAAAUGAUAGCUAAACGAUCUACUAUUUUGCGGGCGGACAAGUGCUCCCAAUUAGUGUAGAGGAGAGUUUGGAGCUGCUGUGUUUCAAAGGCAACUUCUUUAGAUUCCUUGUUCCACAAAGAUGCAAGUCUGCGUUGUUCGCUUAUUUCGCGUUGAUGCACAAGUUCACUAAAAUCAAUUUGAGUAUUUGGUACGGGGUCCUGGCGUAGGGAGUAUCCAACUGCUCCUCUCGCUGAGUCCUCAGGGUCCAUUCCGCGAUCCACUAUCGCGCGGUCCAGUCCAGAGAUUCCUGCGAUUCCGUUCGGUCGGUUCUGAGCGUUCGUUUUCUCGAAAAUCCAGGUGAAAACACAGUUUUCUCUUCGUACUUUGCAGAAUUUUUCACAAUGUUGGGGUCGACACAGAAAUUUCGACGCGUUGAUUGGACUAUUAAUCUGUCUUUAAUCGCCAAGUUUCUCGUGCUUGGUUCGAUCGGUGAUCACUGGUCAUGAACGGUGAAAACUGAACAUAAAAUAAGCAAAAAUGACAAAUAAACCUAAAGAAAACCUAAAUAAACCUAAAGCGACACUAAAGAGCGAAAACUACUUACAUUCUGUGCGAUGCAAUCGAUGAGAAAUUCAAAACAUUUGCUCUAUAACACUACACUUGAAAACACGUGGUGAUCUGUUCUUGCUGUGGUCAUGUGACCAUCCGAAACUAACAUGAUGUAAGUAGUCACGUAGUGUCCAAAAGGGAAGUGAACGCAAAAAUAAAUCAAAAUAAAAUUUGGACUAAACAAAGGAAUAUUGCGAACAGACGUAUCGUAACGUCAAAGUAGUCAAACUUGACAUUUUUCAUAUACGAGCGGUAGUUGAAUGUGGUGCUCUGUCAAGGGAAUAUGUCUAUUGGCUAGAGUUUGAAAAGAAGUGGAAAAAUUCGAGAUUAGCGAGACAAACUUAUAGACAGAUUGGUAUGUAUUCAAAGAGCAUUUUAUCCGCCCGUUUUCUAACCCCGUAAUAACAUAGUGUUAUUUGAUUUCCAUUGUAUGUAAAGCUUUCCCUAGAGCUCUGUACAGUACCACAAAUGAUCCGCGACAAUUGUCGACCGCAAAUGAUCCCGUGAAAAGCAAAUGGAAUUUAGGCAUUGAUGGUGAAUGGUGCUUAGAAUUUCAACAACGCUUAAAACAAUAAAAAGAGUAAAACGAUAAAUAACCGAUUUGUUUCUCCUCAAUCGUUUCUCCUUUCUUUCAAGCAUUGGAUUAAUUAACAAUUAAUGAAUGAGGCUGAGUAUCUUAUGAAGAAUUAUGGAGAUCGAGGAGGGUGUUAUCCGUCGAGUCCUUAGGCCGAGGUGGAUAACACCCUCCGAGAUCUCCAUAAUUCUUCUUAUGAUACGAAAGCCGAAUUCAAUAAUUGUUUUAUUAUUCAAUCAAAACAAUUCCUAGUUUAAAAACAUAGCUAACACAUGCAUCGACGUUAAGUUCAUCGUUGAUAGUGCGCGUUCAGGGUUGUUCAGCUCUGCAAAUAUUCUCCAAAUAGCAGAUGCCGCCCUUCGAGUUGUCUUCUUGUUGUUCUUGUCAUGUUUUUAGUAUUAUUUCGCCUAGUUCUUACUCUCGAAAUGAGUGAAAUGUCUGCCAUUUGUGUUUUCACAACCAAAACAACUCAACCUCUUCCCCAGGUCUUCGUGGUUAACGGUGUAUUAACCUGCAGGGAAGCUGCACUUUUGACUUCGUCGGUUGAUUAAUUUCAAAAUUCUUCAAAAUUUGGUCAUCAGUAGCUGGUUAUGAUAAAUCAUGCGUAUGCUUUUAGCCAAUCAGAAUCGGGGAAAUAUUUUGAAUGAAUAAUACUGUGUUUUAAUUCCAUCUUUCAGAUUGCGAUUUCUGUCGAGCGAUGCCGCACGGGAGCUGUCUCAUUCACAGGCAUCCCAGUCCACUGCUGCCUGAAAAAGCGCUCACUUAUGCAGUAACGUCAAUACCACCAGCAUGUAAGCUGCGUGCAUCGAAUGUAGGGAAAGGAUACGGUGUUUUCACCAAUCAAAACAUUCCCCUUGGGACCUGGAUUGGCCCGUACGAGGGCACACGAAUUCGUCCAAGUGAUGUCACACCUAAUAUGGAUACAUCACACAUGUGGGAGGUAACAUACACUUUGAUAAACAUUUUUUGUUCACCUUAAGUGAAACGAAAAAAUCAUACAGUCUAAGAGUACAAACAUAAAGAGACUGUGAAAGAAAUGAAAAGUCGAAGACACGUAUCCAUAAACAUGAUUCAGUUUUUACACGUUUUUGCGAAAGGAGAUCAAAAGCGCCAUUUUUUUAAACCAAUAGCCCCAAAACUUGACAAUCAAUCGAAGAACCGACAUAUUUACCAUUUUGAAGCUAACACAGUGUCAAGUUACUGUUUCCUUUUGGUUAAAUUCCAGUUCACCAUGGCCAAGCUGUCCUUAAAUUACAUUUAUAUUCAACAACUAGAAGACGAGCUCCAGAUUCUUAUCGUCAAAUAGUUAGCAAAAGAGAAAAACAAGUACACUUUUUGAUAAUUUUUACUCGGUAAUCAUAGGCUAAAUUCCCUACUCCCCAUCCGUGUCACUCUAUGAGCUGCUAGACAGCGAGUACCUCAGCCAAUCAGAUUGGAGGAUUUAUAUCAGCAAAAAAGCUUGCCAGCGAGAUCCAUGCUCUCUAUGGAUAACAGACAUCGAAAAGGGACCCCUAGUCCUAACUCUUACCUAAACGCAAGCAUUUUAAAACAUGAAUUCCUAUUAUAAAUAAUUGCGUCUAAUAUGAAGGACCCAAGGUACGAGUUGAGUGCAUUUCAGGACAUAAGUAGCCUCCCACGCAGCCUAGUAUGCCCCUUCCGCGUCUCGAGGCCAGGAAAUAACUACGAGAUUUAUAUCGCCACUUAAGAGACACUGUUUGCAAAGAGUUAGCAGUUAGUUACCAGCGCGUCACCAGUAACGAUCCCAGAAGUCUUUGCGAAAGCUAACUGGGCCCAGCUUCGAUAUGGUUUCUAGAGCGGCGAAUAGAAAUGGAGCACUUUAAGAGAAUUGUUCUUUUCAACAGAUCUAUGAAGGCAACACGCUAUCGCAUUACAUUGACGGAAGUGACGAGAACGUUGCAAGCUGGAUGCGUUUCAUCCGUUGUGCCAGGCAUAAGGAAGAACAGAAUCUCUUCUCUUUUCAAUACAACGGGAAUAUAUACUACCGAGCGUUCAAGGAUAUUCCAUGUGGCACAGAGCUGCUUGUGUGGUAUGACGAGAAGUAUCCCAUGUACAUGGGAAUCCCCCUGGGAAUGGAAGUGGGCGCUGUGUACGUUCCCACCACCACCACCACCACCACAGCUCAGCGUAAGUCAACAGUCAGUCAGUUAGUCCGUAAGACAGUUUGUUCACUCAUAGUCAGUCAGGGAGGCAGACAGAUGAAAAGUCAAAUGGUCAGUUUGUUAUGCAGGGAGUCUGUUUGUUGAGUACCAAUGUAAUGGAUGAUCGGUACAAAAAAUCUAUUGGCAGAUUAGCCUGUGUCGCAGACGUAAUUAAACCUCGGUAAGUAACGUCUGCGAGGCAGCGCCCACGUCCUUGUUCCGGGCCCCCAACGGACGCUACGAAUUACCGGAAGAGCGUUCCGAAUUUCUUUUCAUCUUGAUUGUCAAAUCGACAGUGGUAUUUUUAACAAGCCAGUCAUGGCGUGUACUUAAAUCCUGGUACACAGGGCGCCCAGAACAAGGAUUUCGGCGCUGUUUCGCAGACGGACUUAACCAGAGUUUAGCCUCGCCUACAGCGCAGGCUAUUGGCAGAUCAGGGUCAACAUUCUGAACUCUACCAAAACAUGGAAAGAAGCAAUUCUCUCCACUUCUCUUGUCUAUCAGUCAUAGCUGUAGAAUUGAGGUUUUACUGAGUAAGUCAUGGAGAAACUGGAGUCACAGACACCAAACAGUCAACAAGUUAAGACAAUCAAACUUUCACUGAGCCGAUGACAGUUUGUCAUUUGCUUUAAUCUUCACACUAAUUUGGUAGGCUUCAGAUGGCAUGCAAUCGUUCACAUGACACAACUGUUUAGUUAAUGGACAGUUCGACCAUUAAUGAAUUAACCAUUAACUUUUCAUCAAGUCAAUUUUGUGACUAAUUGUUAUCUUUGACUAUUGGCUAGUCGCUCUAUAAACGGAUUAAGUACCCAGUCACUCUUUCAUUUAACUUGUCAGUCCACUAGUCGUUCAUUGAUAAGAUAUCCUCUUAACAGUUUUUUUAAAAUCUCGACUCCACAACAACAUUCUUAAUCCAACUUGCAGACCAGCCCGAGAGACAACAAAAUGCCACAGCAUUACAGCGGUCUGACCGAUCUUUGGAUAAAGAAUCUCCACCAAUCAAACCUCAAGAUACAGCAGGGCAGUAUUCCAACACAGCUACUAGCUCCAGGCUCACUCCGAGCACAAGCCCUUCAAGGAGUUACCAAGGUAACGAAAUUGUCCAAUUAUUUAAUUUCUUCACUGAGUGUUGGUCAAUAUGGAAGCUGCCUUUUCGUCCAUUUUUUAACAGAGCCUCUCAAAAGCUACCUUACAGUUAACUUUUAAUAACGGAUUCUUUAUAAAUCGUAUCUGGUGGAUGUAUUGUCCAACAAUAAGCACGUUUAUAAUUACACUGAAUGAUCUAUUCAGGAUGUAAUAUUUUGAAUUUAACCUUUAUAUCAAUAUUAAAAAUCCUUCGUUGUCUUUAUUGAUCUAGUCUCAAAUAGAACUUCUGAAAUUGCUCUCACUUUAUUCAUUCGUUCGUUCGUAUUCAUUUAUUCAAGUUGAAACUAAUACAGUCAUAACAAAGAACGAGCGUCCAGUUAGUGCUGACAACUCAAGAACAAUAAAAGAAACUUCCUGGCCCACACCAUUAAGACCUUAUGAUACACGAUUUAUUUGUUUGUCCGUUUCCAGAUUCAAGAUCUCCACAAGCUGACUCAAAGAAUUUGCCGCCACUUAUCCCUACAAAGUCUCUGCCAAAGAGAUCUGCUUCUAUUGACAGUUUACCUCCAGAUCAACGAACGCCAACAAGCAAUGAACCGAAUUCCCACCUUCAGCUAAGCGAAUUAACCUCUUGGCAGUGCCAGCAAUGUCAUAAGACCUUCACCCAGCGACUGGCUUUACAAAUGCACGUGUGUCAAAGCCAACCAACCAAGCCUUUUCAGUGUGGACAGUGCGGUAGCACUUUUAAUAAUUCUUCAGAACUGCGCACACAUGUGGUUUCCCAUACCACUGAACGGCCUUUCAAAUGUGGCUUUUGCUCGCGCACAUUUGUUGGUGCGACAACGCUGAACAACCACGUUCGUACACACAUGGGACAGAAACCUUUUAGCUGUGAAAAGUGCGGAAAGGCGUUUUCACAAGCCAUGCAUCUCGCGAGACACGCAUGCGAAUUAAGUAGCGGUUCAAGUGGAAUUGAAUCAGCUAUUCCUCACUCAUUAACGAGCUGAAUAUGAAUCAAAGUUGCGCUUUCUUUUGUUAACGGUGUUGAUAAGGUUACAAAAUUUCCUCUUGCUUAUGGUACAAAAGACGUUAAGUUAUGAUUAAGUUACUGUGAAGCUAGUUUGGCCCCGCUCCGCUUUUUGCUAUGUAAAUAGUACAGCAUGGUUGUAAAUAAUAACAUGCAACCUUUCUGAUCUUGCAGGUGCUUAUAAUCCGGGUGUAAAUACAGUUUCCGUUGGUUGCCAAACAUAGUGAAAUACAACGAUGAACAUUUUAUACAGCAGCAGUCUUAGGUUCAGAUGAUUCAAACAAUCAUCUUUUCUCAUAACGAGACUAUUUUAACAGACAGACACAAUGCUAGUCUUUACUUUUCACGGAAUUCGCAAAUUUGGCCCGUUGUGCAGUGAUUUUGUUACAAAUAGUUAUGGUGAGUCCUAGGACUCAUGUAGAGAAAGAUAACAAGUCCCAGUCCAGAACCAAUGAGUCCCAGUUUGAAAACAACGAGUCCCAGGGCCUUUAUGUAACCACACAGUUAAUCUGAAGACAAACUCCAAAACUCUGUACUACAGUUUACUGAAAUAAAAAUAUAGUCCUUCUAUUGUCAAGCACAACAAAGACUAAAAGACAUAUACGUCGUUAAACAACAGCCAACAAGAAACAGGAUAUUCUACAAAAACAUCUUCCGAUCGAUUAAUGGAUCUUUGCGUCUUAAGGGACGCAAACCACGCUAUGCGCAUACCAUGCGUCAGGGACGCAGGACGCAGAGGUAACAAAAUCACUGUUUGUGUCUGUGCAGCAAGGAGCUACUAAACCAGGACCGAGUUGCUCGUAGGACGAUUCAUUCAAAUCCAGGUUUCGUUACCAUGACGACUCAUAUGCUACAUUUAUAGUUAUAUGAUUACAAAAGUAAAGCGCGCGCUCCGAUUGGUCAAUUAAACAUUUACUAAUUACCCAUGAGUGAAUGCUGACGAAAGCUAACGCGUGCUCAACGCAGUGCGCGACUGUCUUUUGUUGUUAACUCAAGAAACUUGAGGUAACCACGCUUCCCUCGUGUUUAGCAACUUCCCUUCCACUCCGCGCCGCCCUCCCCACCCUCAACCCACGCAUUGAUGACCACCGGUAGUUGAAACGCUGUUGUAAUACUGUAAAAAAUGCAUUAAGGGGAGCCCAUAUUGAGAGGUCACCCUUAACUCAGCGGGGAGUAGUCUCCGUCAUUACUGCUCCUGAACUUUCCUUGCCAUAUUUCAGUAAAACUGACUCGUCAGUUUAGCGGACACAGGAGAGAGAGCCGCGAUUCAUCCGGGUGACCUCCCGACACAGGACUACCCGUAGCCGAUAUCAGAUUGUGUUAAGAUUCUAAUAGAGCAGGACUAUAUCAAUAACCGAUAUUUUUGCAGUCACGGUUGAUUUAUGCCUAGGCACAUUAGCAUCUCUUUAUUCAUCCCAUGACCUCUUUCUUUUGAUUUUAGUCGGCAUAAUAUGGUAAUUGUGUUCAUCAAUGGACAAACUGUUUGUCUGUUGUGAAAUGCAAAGCAAUCUGAGAAGCAAAACGCAUAUGUUCGCUGUUUAGUGCUGGGUUGUCGGUGAUAUCUCUCUAAGCAAAACAACUUUAACACACUUUAGAGCACAUAGUUACCGAAAGUUAAUUCUUUCAUUUUAACGAAAAAAACAAAAAAAACAAAAAACAAAACAAUUUCUUCAAAAGGCUAUCCACUGCACAUGGAAUAUCACAUCUAAAAGUUCUGUUGACACGUUUGAAUCAGUUUCAAUUAAUUACUUCUGCUAGUAGAGUUCGCGUCGUUUCUUAACUAUAUAAAUGUAAAGAAUGUUCAGCUGAAUAUUGCCUUUUGAGCUCAAAAGACAUUAAGUUUUAUUUUUAUAUUACACUUUCUGUUUGUUCUGAUAAUCUUUUGUUGUCUGCGACACAAAGUUCAAAUCCAAGCACUUCACGGAGUGGUGAAUUCUUUCUGGAAGACCGAAGACCGGCUAGUUAAUGAAGUUUCUCAUAUUAGCCGCUGUCUGGCAAGACUGGCCAAUAUAAUUUUGGGUUCCGAUUUUUAUAAUUUAUUGGUAGUUAAAUAAGAAGCAUUUCCUUCGUUGGGCGAUAAUAAAUAAAUGUUUUUCUUCUCCUUUCCGGCCUUUCAAAAAAAAGUAAGGUAAUGCUAACAUAGCUGUAAGUAAUCGUAUCCUCAACUUUUUUCAGUUCUCACAAAAGGCAUCAAGAUUCAAGAAAACCUCUUGAAGCGAAUGGUCACUGCUAUCAGGAGCAGAUUAGGAUUAUUAUUAUUAUUAUUCUCUUAUAUAUUUUAUGCAACAAAACACCACAAAAACAAACAGAAAAAAUGUUACAUGAAUUCCGCCAGAAGGAUGUGAGGACUGGUUUUGGUUAACAAUUAUUUGAGAAUCGCAAGUAGAAAUUUAAUUCUGUUUACAGGUAGUAAAUAGAAAAUAUUGCGAAAAAAAAAAACCGACAUGACCUUUUUUCUUAAAAGUUGUGUUGACUAAGAAUAAUUUAACACCAAUAUUUCAGUAGUUAGGUACAGAAUCUAGCCCACCCCUGGAACGCUCCAGGCAACUUACAUAAAGAUGCACAGUAGCAAUGAUGUCACCGAUUUUUAUACACGAGUAGUUUUAUAAUGUAUGAUAACUUAGGCGAUGCUCAUUUGGCGCUAAAGGAAUCACUUAAUAAUUUAUGAUAAGAAAGGUGUAUAAGACUAGUUCAAAAAUUGAUCAUUCAAAAAAGACAAGAUAGAUUGAGUGAAUUCAUCUUUAACAGUUCGCUAUGUCAUUCUUUUUCCAUUUUAAAAUGUCUCGCCCUCGAGCCUGCCAUUACACGUUCGGAAACUUUGAUGUAAUAAUUUGUUUUGCUCCAAAAUGGCGCGAAUUUAGCUCUACUGUCAAUAUAAAUUACCAAAUAGAGUACCUCCCUUCUAUUUUUCAAAGUACAACGUGAUUGACACUAAUUAUCAUGACAACAAAGAUCUUUUCAUUGAAGGACCUUUAAUUUAUCACAAACGCGCCAAAAUAUUAACCGUCCUUGAGCGGUUUAAAUUAAAAUAUUGCAAUACACCAGAGCGUGUGUCAUGCUGACGUCUCUCUAACUUCUCUAACAAUAUAAAGGACAUUUCGUUGUUGAAACAAGAAUUUACCCCGGCAAUUUUGAUAAAACGGACAAGGCGAAACGAUAAUGGAUAUACUUAAGGAUCAUGAGGUAAGCAGAUUUCGCUUAAUGCCAAAACAUUAUAUAGAAUGAACGCUGAGGCGCAUUAUACGAUAUAGCAUACCAACGUGAUAGUUAUUAAACAGCUGAUAUAAAGAUAUUUAGAUUUAGUAGCAGAUGGCUAGAAGUUAAAGCAGGUAUAACUCGGCUAUAAAACACAGUAAUCUAACCGUUUACUUUGCGCAACUUUCGAACGGAUUGGCAUUUUCUACUCGGUACAGAAAUCUACAACCGUUAAACGUUCGCUGACGCCAGUAAACACGAACAAUGUCAAAUCACGCUUCAUUAGCCCCCAUGUUUACAUCUAUUCCAUUUCACUGCAUUUGCAAACCGUUUUUAUUCCAACGUCUGGAGAGUAAACGGUUGGAACACAAUAGCCACGCAAAAACAUCUCAGUUUAUGUUGUCACUUUAUCAACUUGGAUCAAAUUUAGUACAUUUACUACAGUCGAAAAGUCAACAUGCGACGUUUCAAGCUUAUAAAGCCCUUUGUUAGAGCGAAGCAGGAAGUUCGAACAAAACUACUUCCGACGGCCGAGCAUAACCUUUGUUAACACCCUCCAACGGAAAAUAAUAUUCAGGGGCACGCAACGACUUCUUUCUGUAAAAUAACUGUUCGAAGCAACACUAUUUUCUAGAAAUUUCGCAAAAAUCGAGAAAGGCUAAAAGAUUUUGGAUAAUUGUUCCAUUCGCGUAAGAUAUUUGGAGUUUUUCCAUUGACUUACCUACGAUUUCCCUUGCUUGUAUUUUUCACAUUUUAUUACCAAGAUGUUGCGAUUAUUUUCAAGAAAGGUCGCCCAAUGUAAGGGAAUCUGGAUUCCUCGGAGUCCUCGAAAUUUUUUCUUGUGGAAUUCGGAAUCAUGGAAAAAUUUGCUGUGGAAUCCGGAGUCCUGGGCUUUGGAAUCCGGAAUACAGCUCGAGGAAUCUGGAAUCCCACUAACGAUUGGAAUCCGGAAUCCAAGUUCCACUGACAAAGAAUCCGGAUUCCAGUACCUGGAAUCCGGAAUCCGUGACGUGGAAUCCAGAAUUCAAGAAUGUCUUGGAUUCCCUUACAUCGGGCGAAAGGUCUCCUAAAAAAAACCAGUAUAAAGGUCAAACGAACCCUGGAAUCUUCUAAUAAAAAUACGGCUACUUCCCGGCCUCGAACUUUUGACCGGACCCACAUUAGCCUGUGCCAGGCUCUCAGAUAGUAUAAUGGGGACGUAUUAAAAUGAGCAAAGCGAAAAUAUGACGCGCGCGACUUUUACUGAACGACUUUUCACCACUAUCUUAGCCUGUUCCGCCGCCAACACCCCCUUCCCGCGUCUUAUUUUCGCUUUGCUCAUUUUAAUACGUCCCCAUUAUACUAUCUGAGAGCCUGGCACAGGCUAGACCCACAUCUGAGUAGGUAACAGUUUCGGAUGAGACGAAAAAGCCACUUAAAACUUUCGAGAUGACCAAAUUUCCUCCAAGGCAUGCUCAUCCGAUCAGAAAAUAGCUUUUAGGGCAGCUCCAGAUUAAACAUACACGCUUCUAAAGCAUAUAGCUAUAGAAAACCAUUUGAGACACUUCUGACGUAUAUGGAAACAUUCGGUCGUUGGUUGGCCCUGUGUAUUGACCCAGAAUAUGCUAAAUCACUGCAAAAAACUUUAAGGGCCAGCUAUUUAAACAGCGUUUAGCCAGUGUUUAACAAAACCUCGUUCUAAGCCAUUUUCACCGCCGAACGCUUUUAGGCAAACACCAUUUACGGUGAACAGUUUCAUGAAACCAUAUACCGCAAACUAGAAACGCAUUUUUCUACUUACAAUAACUCACUAAGGAAGAGAUCUGGAGAACCAAAGAUUGACUAAACCGCGGUCUUAGAUAGACUUCCUUCAAAUAUCCGACCCUAAGCGUCCAGGCUCCAGAGAUUCCGUGUCAUUUCACGCACUGGCUGCCUCUGGUUUGACGUUACUGAAUCAAAGUCGCUCAAAUGUUAACUUGAUUCAGAGGGAAAACACAAAUAAAUAAAAAACAACAACAAUAACAACUAUUUUAGUGCCCCAGUGCAAGGUCGAGAACUUGAAAACGGGCACUGUUCGUGAUAAUUUGCGGUCUCGGGAUCAUUUGCAAUACUGUACGGAUUUCGGUUCCACUACGCCGUACAACAUGAAUAGAAAAACCAUUAGGUCUAUUUUGGCUGUUUCGGCCGAGCACCGCAGAUAAUAACAAUACGUUAUGCAACAACUCCUAUUACAUUCGAACUGAACAGAGCUGAGUGACAGUUUACAAAGAAUACUGUCAGAGCGGAGGUCAGAAAAUACCUGCGGGAAAAAAAUCCAGUAAGGAAAAAACUCAACAGGAAAUCUGGGUAGGAUCCACGGCUCAUGCUCUGAAAAGCCCAUCCUACGAAGACUACACGGCUGGAAGCUCUCUGCCCACAUUUGUUAAGCAUGUAUUCCAACAAGCACGGUAAAUUGGAAAUAAUUAUUCGAAACGAAAACAAGCUCAAACCCUUGCGAAACUCGAACUGUCACUAAUAAAUCAAAUAUAUACUAACAGUAAAUAAAUCAAAAAUAACGUGAGCUAGACGAGGUGUCGGCCUAGAAUGCUUUCCCACGUGAUAAGCAUCCCUUUUAUAGCACUCCAUUCUACCCAUACUACACUUCAAAUGAAACCGUCCCAGUAGUACAGUGUAUGGGGGUACGAGCGCAUUUUCCAUGUUUUGGAUUUGACCUUGGGAUCCGACCACCUGGCCACGAGAGUAAACUCAUUUUUAUUGUAUAAUUUUGGAGAAAUUGUAAAUGCAGAGACUAGGAAUGUGUUCAAAUAACUUGAACUAUACUUGCAAAAUACGACAUCACGUCCUUACCACAUUCGACGCACGUAUAAGAAAUGUAAAAUGUAACAAUAAAGAGGUUCUAGAAGUUUUAAAACGUUUUUAAAAAGUUUUUUUAAACUUCUAGAACAUUUUAUAUUGACAUUUUACAUUUCUUAUACGUGCGUCGAAUGUGGUAAAGACGUGAUGUCUUAUUUCGCACGUAGUUCAAGUUAUUAUAUAAUUACAUUACAUGAAUACUGAUUAAAACCAACAGUUGAACUGACAGUUGAACUGGUAGUUGAACUGUUGGUUUUAUACAGUAUUUGUGUAACCUAAUUAUAUAAAAAAAUGAGUUUACUCAAGUGGCCAGGUGGUCUGAUCCCAAGGUUAUAUCCAAAAUAUGGAAAAUGUGCUCAUACCCCCAUAUACUAUACUACUCGCCUCAGUUCCCAAUGCUCCCGUGCCGCAGAAAAAUUUCAUUUCCGGCUAAUUCGUAUCCACUCAAACGCCGAAAAUUCUAUUUUACGUAAAGAACAAAACAGUCAGACCUGACCAGUGCUGUCGUAAUAUUUCGAAUUCAUUGAUGAGUCGCAAUAAGUCAGUAUUUUUCGAUGUACCAAAUUAGCUUCAAAUGAAUGAAAAUAAAAAAAAAACACUUUGGCAAAAACACCUGAGAAAAUAACAAAGAGGGCUGCGGCAAGUGACAAAGAACGAAGGACCGAUUAUGUCUUUGAAGAAUAUUGUACACUGCUUACAAAGAAAAUGAAAAUUAAGAUGUAGACGAGGUGAACCUCCUUCAAGUCAACAAAACUGACGGUUUGUUCUAAACCACUGCAUUGUAACAGCUCUCUUCACCUUUAGAAUGUACUGAGUAACAAAGAAAUUCGGCUAAAAUUUUAUGUCUUUCUUCAUGUUUUAAAUUAGACAACGGCUACUCGAAUAACUCGCUUGAAUUACAAUCCUUAGAUGGUUAAUACAAAGACUUAUGAAAUAUUAUGUUCUCUUGUACUUUCUUUUAUUUUUCCAUUUAUUAUUUAUUUAUUGAUUUAUCGCUUUGCUUUCCCCUGAUGCAGGGCAAAAUUACAGAUCAAGAUCGGAAAAAUCUUUCUCAUCACCCAGCAAAAAAACGUCGUGGUACAUUUCUGUUCCCAGAACCAACUGGCCCUCACCCUCAACGCAGGAAAAAUCACGAUAGUUCCAGUGCCUCCUCAUGCGUCACUACAACAAAGGAAUUUACUUUCGAAGAACUGCAGAGACUUCUUUUUACUAAAAACGACAUUCAGGAGAUCAGUGUCAAGCGUCCAGUGGAAUCACGGCAAAAUGAGUGCUUUUGUGAGUAUAUAAUACCCGACCGGGAAAUUUAAAUGCCUUAGUUAGUUUCCACCAGUGAUAGAGAGAGGGCAGCGCAAAUGAGAGAUCAUCUUAAAUUUAACGGCAAGGUGAAAAACAUUAGCUGAUCUGGGAACACCUCUGGUUUUCGAACGCCAUUUUGAAAAAUGUGAAUGUCUUCCCUUUUUUGUGCUUACCGAAUGGAACUAUGGGUAGAAACACCAAGUCAAACCGAACAAAUAACGAGCAAAGCCGGUGGGCAUACGAAAUUAUCCGAUUUCUGAAAUGGCCGCCAUGACGUGAAAUAACAAGGUAGUUAUCAGUGGGAAAAGGGGGUGUAUACAGUCCCGCACACAAGUCUUUCCUUGGAACGACGAGUCCCAUCUGAAUACAAUCGAUUUCGCCACUUCGCCUACUCUAGAAUUAUGAACUAGAGGUUAAAAAUUGUAAGUAUAAUGUGGCGAGCAGAUGCUGGGCAGUAAAACAUCAUCUGAGAAACGAUGAACUAACAUAUACGUUUUGCUAAUUACAAACCCUUUUAUAUGGCCGAUUUAUAGUUGUGGAUAAACGACUUCAGGGGAGCGCCAAAAUCACCAGUUCUUUGUGAUUUGGGUCUUCAUUGGCCAGUUACAAUCAUACCAAAAUAAUUUGAAACUGUUUGUGCGCGCCACAGGACACAGCGACAGGACAACCAAGGAACCAAAGGAGACCCAAAGAUUAGGCUGCUGCUCGCCUGGAGGCGCGCAGCCAUUAUUAUCAUCAUAAUGGUAUUUUAAUUCUGUUUCAGGGUGUGAUGCAACUAAGACAAAUCCAAACUUUCAAUGUCCCAUGCAUAAGCAUGACAAAGCAGUCGUGAGGAAGACUUCACAGUUACCACUGGCUCUGAGAUCACUUCCGCCGGAAGUUGGUUUGUGUACCUCCACUAUCCCCGGGCAGGAAUGUGGUAUUUGCGCCAAGCGAAAGAUUCCUGUUGGUGCGUGGAUUGGCCCUUAUGAAGGAAAAUUUUUGAAGCCGACAGAGCUGUCUUCAACAACCGACACAUCAUAUAGGUGGGAGGUAUGUUUAGGAAAGAGUGGUUAUUUCAGUAUUUUGCAAAAAAAAAGUUUAUUUUGAGAUGCGACUGUUCAGUUACAAAUUAAAGAGGUCGAUAAAAUGUGACAAGCGCAAAGGGUGGACUAUUUAACGAGCAGUAGGAGAGUUCGUCAUCUAUCAAAACAAAGCCGUAGAAUUUUCAUAGCAUAUUGUAUAAAUUUAUUUUUGUUUUGUGCACACUACCCUCUCUACCAGCAGAGCCUCUCUUUCGUAAUCGAGAAAGACUCCGCUUGAAUCUUUUUUGAGCUUGCGCUGAAUCUUGCUACUGUACAGUUUCGAACCCAGGCCUAAUAGCCGUGCGCUUGGUACAGCGGGCUUAGUUAUGAACAUGGGGUUACCAAAAAACGUAUGCUGGCUCUCGGAAAAGCCAAUUUAACGAGAAAACAAGGUUGACAAGUCCAGAAGUUCGGACUGCGGCGUCUUCAAAGACUUCACUAGAUUCAGACAGAGCUUCCUUUUCUCCAGAACCAUCAAAAAAAUUAACUGUGUCCAUCCAUUCAAUUUUCAGAUUUUUCAAAAUGGUGAACUGACAGGUUAUAUUGAUGGCAGUGAUGUUAAACUCACAAGCUGGAUGCGAUUCAUUCGUUCUGCUCGACACAAGAGGGAACAAAAUCUAUUUGCGUUUCAGUACUUGGGCAGAAUAUUCUAUCGUGCAUUCAAAGAUAUUCUACCUGGAGAAGAAAUGCUAGUAUGGUACGAUGAAAAAUACCCACAAUACCUUGGAAUUCCAUGGACAAUAUUUGACCUAGCAGCUGCAGUUCCUCCUGGUAGGUGGUCCCAAGGUUACCAUUCUUCGUUCUUUUUUGUGUUAUCUAAUCUGAAGAGAGAUAGCAUUCAGUUUACAUUUUUUUCAAAAUGUAAGUUUUAUUCCCGCUGCAUGAAUAGUAGCCUCAGGGAACCUCCGUUACCCUUUCUGGGACAGUUUAAGAGGACGAUAAAUCAGAUACCCUGCUGGGUACGAGAGGUUUUCUUUCUCGCGUGCGGCAGGAUGCUUCUGAAGCGGCGGCAGCACGAAGUUACGAGCGGCGAAGCACUGGAAACCGCACAUGACAAGUCUCUUGCACCGAGAAUAUAAAUCCCACGAUAUUCCCCAAAUCGUCCCUUAAAAAAGGCCUGUUACUAGGGUUACGUGUUUGCAGCGUGGGGUUCAUUUGAAUUUCUGAAACGCAAACGCAACGAAGGCGCUCGAAUCAGACCCCGCCCCUCCCACACAAUUAUAUAUGUCGGUACCUAGCCGGCGUAGCAAGCGUUUCCGCGCGAGUUGGUCGAGGAAGCUGGAACGAUAGCGGAAUAAAGUCGUGCGGAAACACUUACUACGCAGGCCUGUCGGCGCCAAGCGAAAGCAAGGAGUCAUAUAUUGAUUCUGGGACACAUAAUAAGUGGGAGGGAAAAUUUUUGUGCCUAUCACUAGGAGAUUUCUAAAAAACCAAACGCAAAAUCACUUUUCAUAUCAUACAUCAAAUCAUUAAAAGGAAAAAAACCUAUGCUUCAUAUCUCUCAGUUUAAUCUAAGUUAGUAAUUUUACGAAAAAAGAGUGUCAAACCGACUAUGGAGCCAGUACACUCUACAAAAGAAACGGAAACAGCUCAUGUUACAAAAAGUAUCUCUUUGACAACUACUAAUUUAGAAUUUGCUUAAAUUACCUCUUUAGGUACCAGUUCUCGAACCGAUGAAGUCAUAAUAAUGUCGCCCGUCGGCAAAAAUGAUCGACCGCUGAACAUAAGCACCCAAGAAUCGAUUUUCCCUAGUCCUCCUCCGUCACCGCUUUCGAAGCCCAGC